AUGGAGGUGGAGGAGGAGGAAAGACGCUCUCCACACGAUCAUGUGGAUCGGUGUGUUCCCGAGAGCAUCUUUGAUCGCGUAACGCAAGGGUUACGCGACGAUCUCGAGCAUGAGCGGAAUAGGCGUCUCCAGAUGGUGGACACUGCCUCGAAGCAUCGAGCUGAGUUUGCCUUUGCUCAGCUUGAGAACGAGAGAUCUCUGACAUCUCUUCGUGACGAGCUAAGGGUAGCUCGUGGGAUUGUUGAUCGGUCUCGGGCUGAGAUAACUGCUCUUCAGACCCUUGUUGAUGCCCACCAUCGGGAGCACAAGGCUCUCUGCGAGAUGCUUGAGCGCAAGGGCGUUCUUCAUCGGAAGAAGCAGCGUACUGAUGGUACGGCUUAA